GGCAGGCAUCGGUGCUGCGGUGAUUACAUCGUCAACGUCAACCACGACGGCCACGACGACCAAAGAGGUCUAUGCCGGAUAUCCCCUUACAUUCUUUACGGCGAGAAGCUCACAACUACACACUUAUUCAGGACGACGAAGCUGGCGAACAUACAAAACCGAAUAAGAUGAACACCGCAGGACGAGCAGCAAUAGCAUCCUCGUCCGCAAGAAUAUUCUCUCCUAACAAGCGAAUGGAACGAUACGUGGACGACCCAGAAGAAGCUGCUGGCCUGCUCGGAGCUGAUGAGAGAGAAAGAGAGGAAGAGUUGCUGGAACCUUCACCACCAACUUCGUCGAAAGCUUCUUCUUUACGAAAACCCUCAAAGGACAAAUCACGAACGAUACCUGUUCAGCAACCUUCUGAGAAAUUCCAAUCGAAAUUUCCUGCCAAUAUCGUACGAAAUCAAAAGUACAAUGCCUUCACUUUCCUCCCAAUCGUCUUUUAUGAACAAUUCAAGUUCUUUUUCAAUUUGUAUUUCCUUCUCGUCGCCCUUUCGCAGUUUGUCCCUGCCCUCAAGAUUGGGUUUAUACUCACAUAUAUCGCCCCACUUGCAUUUGUUCUAUUCGUCACAAUGGGCAAGGAAGCCUACGAUGAUUACAAACGCUACCUACGAGACCGCGAAGCCAACUCUCAGAAAUACCUCAUUCUCGAACCACCCUCCACGACAAAUCCGACCAACGGCGAUAUCGAAUCCUCCGCACUCAAUGCGUACCUCGAUAACCAUGCCAACACCCGUUCCGUACCUUCCUCCUCUCUCCGCGUAGGUCAUCUCGUACGCCUCGAGAAGAACCAGCGUGUACCAGCCGACAUGAUUCUUCUAAAGACCUCCGAUUCUUCUGGCACAUGCUUCAUUCGUACCGACCAGUUGGACGGAGAAACAGACUGGAAACUUCGGAUUGCCGUUCCAGAGACGCAAAAACUUCAGGAGGCAGACUUGGUCAAGCUGGAUGCUGAAGUUUACGCGGACGCGCCGAUAAAGGAUAUCCAUUCGUUCAUCGGGACUUUUACCCUGAACUCUCCAGUGUCGCCUUCUACGGUCAACGAAGGUGAUGAUGAUGUACCAUUGCAAGUCAUCCCACCAAGCGUUUCACCGUUGUCGGUGGAGAAUGUACUUUGGAGUAACACGGUGUUGGCUGCGGGUUCGGCGGUGGGAUUGGUUGUUUAUACUGGGCCGGAGACGAGAGCGGUGAUGAAUACGAGUCAUCCAGAGACGAAAGUUGGUUUGUUGGAUUUGGAGAUUAACAGACUCGCGAAGAUUCUAUGCGCCGUAACCUUUGCUCUAUCACUCGUCCUUGUUGCUCUCAAUGGAUUCCGGGGAUUAUGGUAUAUCUACGUCUUCCGGUUCCUUAUUCUCUUCUCGAGUAUCAUACCAAUCAGCUUACGGGUCAACCUGGAUAUGGGUAAAACGGUCUACGCACAGCAAAUUAUGAACGAUGCUGAAAUCCCAAACACUAUUGUCCGAACGAGCACCUUGCCAGAAGAGCUGGGGCGGAUAACGUAUCUGCUGAGUGAUAAAACAGGGACUCUGACGCAAAAUGAAAUGGAAAUGCGCAAGCUUCACAUGGGAACGAUGUCUUAUGGAUUCGACUCGAUGGAUGAAGUCGCACAUCAACUUGCACUGGCUUUCUCCGGCCCGGAUCCUAACAGUCCUGGAGUCCAUGUGAGGAAUAACUCAGUCCAGAUUCCUACAGGAGCUCAGCUGGCUAUGGGUACGCGGGGUCGAAGAGAUAUGUCAAGUCGUGUGAGGGAUGUCGUGCUUUCACUUGGCUUGUGUCACAACGUAACGCCAGUCACUAACGACGAUGGAAGUGUCACCUACCAAGCCUCUUCACCCGACGAAGUUGCCAUCGUCACAUGGACUCAAUCCGUCGGACUAACACUCACCUUCCGCGACCGCACUCGAAUCCACCUUCAAUCCCCCUCAGGAUCUACCCUCACGUACGAAAUCCUCGAAAUCUUCCCGUUCACGUCUGAAUCCAAGCGAAUGGGUAUUGUCGUCCGAGAUACUUCGACCUCCGAAAUCACCUUUUAUCAAAAGGGUGCUGAUGUCGUCAUGAGCAGGAUCGUGCAAAGGAACGAUUGGUUGGAAGAGGAGUGCGGGAAUAUGGCCAGAGAAGGACUUCGGACGUUGGUUGUUGCACGUAAGAGGUUGGGAGCCAGUACGUAUCAGUCCUUUAAGGAGGCGUAUCAUCAGGCGUCUAUUCAGUUGGAGAACCGAAAUGAGGGGAUGGCGAAUGUCGUUGAGGAGUAUUUGGAGAGAGAUAUGGAGUUGUUGGGUUUGACUGGAGUUGAGGAUAAGUUGCAGGAAGAUGUGAAAGGGACGUUGGAGUUGCUAAGGAAUGCGGGUGUUAAGAUUUGGAUGUUGACGGGGGAUAAGGUUGAGACUGCGAGAUGUAUUGCGAUAUCGACAAAGCUGGUUGCGAGGGGGCAGUAUAUUCACGAGGUUGCGAAGAUGAAAACAUCCGAUCAGAUACGUGACCAGUUGGAGUUCCUACAGAAUAAGUUGGACUGCUGUUUGGUCAUCGAUGGGGAAUCUCUACAGCUCACCCUCAACCUUUUCAAGAACGAAUUCAUCGAGAUUGCUACCAAACUUUCCGCUGUCGUUGCCUGUCGAUGUUCUCCAACCCAAAAGGCCGACGUUGCGAGGUUGAUUAGGAAACAUACCAAACAAAGAGUUUGCUGUAUCGGAGAUGGUGGAAACGAUGUUAGUAUGAUCCAGGCUAGCGACGUCGGUGUCGGUAUCGUAGGAAAAGAAGGAAAACAAGCCUCUCUGGCUGCCGACUUCUCCGUAACCCAAUUCUCGCACUUGUCCAAACUCCUCCUAUGGCAUGGUCGUAACUCCUACCGACGAUCAGCCAAACUCGCGCAAUUCGUUAUUCAUCGUGGAUUAAUCAUAUCUAUAAUGCAAGCUGUCUUUUCUGCUAUCUUUUAUUUCGCGCCCAUAGCGUUAUAUCAAGGGUGGUUGAUGGUGGGGUAUGCGACGAUCUAUACGAUGGCACCCGUGUUUUCGUUGGUUUUGGAUAGAGAUGUCAGUGAAGAUUUAGCUAUGGUGUAUCCGGAGCUGUAUAAGGAGUUGACCAAAGGAAGAGCACUAUCAUACAAAACGUUCUUCCAGUGGUUGAUGAUUAGCGUGUAUCAAGGAGCGGCAAUAAUGAUUAUGUCUCUUGUAUUGUUCGAGAACGAAUUUCUCCACAUCGUAUCGAUAUCAUUCACGGCUCUUAUCCUAAACGAGUUGAUCAUGGUCGCGUUGGAGAUUACUACGUGGCAUGUAUACAUGGUCGUUUCGGAAGUCGUAACGCUGUUCUUUUAUGUGAUCAGUAUCGCAUUUUUACCAGAGUAUUUCGACCUCUCGUUCGUCGUUACAGUAGGGUACGCAUGGAAGGUUGCUGUCAUCGUAGCCAUUAGUGCUCUACCGUUAUGGAUCAUCAAGUUAAUCAAGAGUAGAGUUGCUCCAGCCGCCUCGAGCAAGUUGUUGUAGAUUCGGAUGAUUCGCCGCAGCCUAGUAGACAGGUGUCUAAUCUUUAUACCAUUUGAUGUCUUUCUCUUACACUUACG